GUCGCUGCAGCCGCGGCGUCUUGGCCGGCCUGGUCCCUCCUCGCGCAGCCGCCGCUGUGCCGGCGGGCGCCAUGGAGGACGCGAGCGCGGGCCUGAACGCGGACGCGGAGGUGCGGAAGCUGCAGGAGCUGGUGAAGAAGCUGGAGAAGCAGAACGAGCAGCUCCGCAGCCGCCACGGCGCCCUGCCCGCCGCCCCCAAGCGCCCCCCGAGCGCCGGGCCCUCGCCGCCCCCCGCCGCCUCCCCGCCCGGCGGGCGCUGCCUUAGCCCGCGGGCCCGGCGGCCCAGCCCCGGCGGCGAGGAGGACGGCGGGCUGGGCGGUGCGGCGGCGCUGGGGCCCGAGGAGCUGGAGGGCAGCGACGAGGACGACACUGGCUGGUUAUAUACGUCCCCAAAGAAGAAACUGACUCCAGUGCAAAAAUGUGUCAGUCCAUUAGUUUGGUGCAUGCAGGUGUUGGAUUACCCAAGUCCUGACAUUGAAUGUGCUAAAAAGUCAUUGAUCCACAGGCUGGAACAGACAGUGUUGGCCCUCAAGAGACAGAGUUUGUACAGCAGCCCUUUCAGUGCAGUCAGUUAUGCGAGCUCCUAUAGUCCAAACACUAGUAGCCCCUACAGCAGUGGUUUCAACUCUCCCUCCUCAACACCAGUGAAAUCUGCUUUAGUGAAACAGCUUAUACCUCCUGGUACCUCAGGUCAUCUUAAAAGUUCAGCAGACAGAAAUCCUCCGCUAAGUCCACAGUCCUCUCUUGACAGUGAAUUAAGUGCAUCGGAGAUGGAUGAAGACUCUACUGGGUCUAAUUACAUUAAGCUAAAUGAUGUUACAGAUGUGCAAAUUGUAGCACGAAUGCAGGAAGAAAGCCUCCGGCAAGAGUAUGCAGCAACUGCUUCUCGGCGUAGUUCUGGUUCUUCUUGCAAUUCUACAAGGCGAGGCACAUUCAGUGAUCAAGAGCUUGAUGCGCAGAGUUUAGAAGAUGAAGAAGAUGGCACACAUCAUGCAGUGCACCCUGCUGUUAACAGAUUCUCACCGUCACCUCGCAGUUCUCCCUGGCCUUCACCAAAACAAUCUCCAAGGAAUUCACCUCGCUCCCGAUCACCUGCUCGAAGUAUAGAAUACAGUAGAGCGUCGCCCCAACCAAUGAUUAGCCGUUUACAGCAACCUCGUCUUUCGCUUCAAGGCCAUCCUACAGAUCUACAGACUAGUAAUGUCAAAAGUGAAGAAAAACUAAGGCGUAGUCUUCCAAACCUGUCCAGGACUUCUAGCAUCCAAGCUGAGUCUGUGAAAAACAGCAGAAGUGACUCAAACUUCCAAGUGCCAAAUGGAGGAAUACCUCGCAUUCAGCCUCAAGCCUCAGCCACUCUGCAAAGGCAGAAAAAUUUGCCUCGUGCUGCCUUCAAAACCAAACAGUUUCUUCAAACUCCAUCUACAAAAGGAGUACCUUCUUCAAGUAAAUUCCGCUCACCUGCAGCCCCAUCUCCUCUAGCUCUCCGACAACCAUUGAAAGCAUUUAGUAACCAUGGACCCAGUUCUGUUGCUUCUCCAGAAGCCACACAGCUAAUACACAGUAGUUCUUCACCGGGGCCUCUUGCAGCCCAGAGUUCAGGCUUGCCAAGCCCUGCCAGCAGUAUUAACAGCACUACGCUUACCAGACCAGCAGGGACAGCAGGGAUGAGGAGUGGUUUGCCCAGACCCAGUGCCCCUUCUACAGGGGGCAUCCCAGUGCCUCGUAGCAAACUUGCACAGCCUGUUCGCAGAUCAUUACCCGCUCCCAAAACCUAUGGCAACGUGAAAGAUGAGAGUUGGAAAGAUGGCUGCUACUGACCUGCAAAACUUAAUGCAGAGUUCCAGUGCUCAUGGAUGCUUCCUCACCGGGCUAAAAGACAGCUUGAUUAUACAAACUGUUCAGAUGUGACUUUUGGGAUUUGUAAAAAUUCCAGAUCUUUCUCUGUCUCUAAUUAGCACAAACUGGCAGAGAAUAUAAAGCAGCACUUUAAUGACAUCUAACAUCAGAUGUUUGGUGGUCAUACAAUCACUUCUACGUUAAGUUGCUAUCAGUUCUGGGUUUUUUUUCUUAUUUGCUGAAGAUGUAUCAAUAUGAGCAUUUAUGACAGUGGCCAAUGUCUGGGCAAAAACCUAACGAAUGCCAAAGAAAUACCCAUCUUGAAAAACAGGAAGUGUAACAGUCAACUUCCAUUGUCCAAAACUUCAUUUUCAGCCUGUUGUAAUUCAGCAGAAAGAUUGGUGAAUUUGUGCUAUUGAAACAAGACUGCAUUGAUCAGAGUUAAUAUUCUGAUUGCAGACUGCUACAGUGCUAGCAAAACCUUGCUUUUAACAAUUGUGUGAUUCUCAUUGGGGAAAGUGGUACGCACAUCAUUCAGAAAGAAUCAAGAAUUACUCUGGAGGUUUAGGCAGAACAAUAAGUAGUAGCCAUGGCUUUUUUUAACAUUAAAGGUUUGAAUGUAGCAGACACAUACAAAUGCAAUAGUAUAGAUUACAUCUUUCCUAUGUUGAUUUAUCAGCUUUACAUGCUCUUAUAUGUUUGAUUGCCAAAAGGGCUUAGUAUCAGUUAUACAAUCUUUCUAACCUUAAAGUUCCUGGCUCAGGAAAGAUGGCCUUUGCUAUUGUAGCCACAUUUUUAACACAUGGCUUGCUAUUUGGGGAAAACUUUUUUUAUAGCAGGUUUCCUUAAAAAGGAAAGAGCAAGUAGUAACGUUAAUCUGUUCUAAUACCAUACCACUAUGCUUGCAGCCUGGAGCAACUGUAAAUGCUGAUAGUUAAAGAGAAGGAAACACAACUAUGCACUUGUAACAUAAAAAUUUUAAGGUAAUGAGUUGACUCUUGAUGCCAAAUGAUAUUCAUUUAGGUGAUGUUCCAUGGUAUGAGGGAGUUUUCUGUAUCCUAUUUUUUUACUUUCAUCCAUUUCUUAAAUUGGUUUAUUUUAAAUUGUAAAUAUUUUUACAGAAGAUAUUUCCCAUGUAAGUGUGUUUAAAUAUGUACCUUGCCUUACAUAUGUGUAUCUUACAUUACUGGUAACAGAGUAUGAAACCUGCUAUGUCUGUUUACAAGCUAUGAAAUUCCUCUGGUGGCUCUGAUUAUUCUAACAUGUUUUGCUGAGAGCAAUUCAUUCUUAUAAUAUAAAAGAUAUCAUGCAGACAUUUGUAAGUAAAAUUAUAUUGUGGGGGACUAGUUAUAUGGAAAGGAUUUUGUUUGAAGCUUUUUCAGUAUAUUGGAUGUACAGUUGAUGAAGUAAGAGAAUGUGAAUGGUUUAUCCUUUGUGCAUUGACUGAUGAACACUACAACUUGGAUUGGAUGGUAGGUAGCCUUCAACCCCUUUAGUAUCUGAAUUUUGAACUGCUGGUGUAUUUUAACACCCACCACUAAGAGGAUAACUAACCCUGAAAUUCUAGCACUUGAAUUUUAGGCCAUCAUUAACAUAUUCCUGGAUGAAAAGCCAUGCAAUACUACUUGACUUGGAAAAAGCCAAAUAGGAAGGAGUGGAGACUAAUUUGCAGCUCUGAUUGUUCAGCCUUUGGGUGGAUAAAUGAUUUGACACUGUAGACCAAUAUCUGUGCUGACACUUUGAAGUCAGGGUAUCAAAGAUACUGUAAUUCAGAAAUAUUUCAGCAGGGGUAAAGAAACUACCUGGCACCAAUAGACCAGUACAUACGAGUAAUCUAGCUUUGUGUCAUUCACUGGCACAGAUAAUGGGUGUCAGUUAGUAUCUCAUGUCACUAUUGAGCAGAAGAGAGAACUAGAUCAAAUGCACAUACUCUCAGUAAAGCCUGAAUAUCAACAUUUCAGCAUUUAACAAAACAAUGCUGCAGACAGUCUUCAUAAAAAAGUGGAUUUUAAUUGGUGAAUUUCACAAAACAUUUGAUCGACUUUUAAAUCAAAAGUCAGUUUAGAUGAUGAUAAUGGGGGGCUUGUCGUGGCUGCAUCACAUGUGUGUAUGUUUCCUUAAGUUAAGUAAUUCAUCACUUGAAUAAGUCCUCCCCCUAAAAUA